AUGACAAACGCGGUUAUCGUAGGUAGCGGUGUAAUUGGGUUGAGUAUAGCAUAUCAAUUGCUCGAAUGUGCUGAACUUCGGCCCGAAAAAUUGACGAUUAUAGCCGCACACUUUCCGCAAGACGAGCCUAUCAGCCACGAAUUCACGUCGCCAUGGGCUGGUGCGCACUUCCGGCCGUUUCCCCAUAGACCAGAGACAUAUGAGAGCGACGAGCGCGAGUCGAAAUACACGCGUGUAACUUACAACAUCUUCAAGAGGCUGGCUGCAGAGCACCCGGAAUCCACAAUCCAGUUCAUGAAGGGAGUCGAUCUUUUAGAGGAUCCUCCAGUAGAAUACAAGACGCUGGGACCGGGCUAUAACAGCGACAGCCUCGAAAAGUUCAGAAAAUUGGAUGUGGCAGAGCUCCCUCGAAAUGUGGCAUUCGGCUGCGAAUAUCGCACGUACUGCCUCAACGCGCCCGUCUACCUUGCGUUUUUGCAGGAAAAAGUGCGGUCGCUGUGCCUGGCGCAUGGCACGAAGCUGCUACAGAAGCGUAUGACAUUGAACGCGCUCAAGCAGGUCUACACGAUGUUCCCUGACUGCACUGCGCUGUUCAAUGCGUCAGGCCAAGGCUUGCAGAUGGACGGGGGAUUCGACACUGCGUGUUUUUCGAUUCGCGGUCAGACGCUACUACUGGAUGUGCCACAUACCACGAAGUACGAUCGCAUGACCAUCACUCACCAGGAUCGCCUUGGCAAUUGGACUUUUGUCAUCAAGAGGCCCACCGCGGACGGAUCGGCUGCGCAGUUUAUUCUUGGAGGCACAAAACAGCCCGACGAUUUCUCAGUGAUGCCACGCGAUUGGGACUCCGACGCUUUAAUGGCAAGGGGCCGCGUGCUGUUCCCAGAGCUCAUGUGCGACGGUAAGUUCCGUGUGGCUCGUGUCAAUGUAGGUUUCAGGCCAGCGAGGAGAGGCGGAAGUAGAGUCGAGGUAGAACGUUCACCUUAUGGGCCGGUGAUACAUGCCUACGGUUUAGGUGGUAUGGGUUACGAGACCUCCCUUGGCGUUGCAACUCAUGCAUUGAAACUGUACUCUUCCACGUGUCCUGCACCCAAAUUGUGA